CCACUUCUCUCCCUCACAGCCAGAUCUGAGGACAUGCCUCAUUCACUCCGGCUGCACACUUAUUAAAGGGAGUGCAACAAAAAAAAACCCCAGAAGAGAACGAGAACCUGAGAUCUAGAGGAGAACAUCAGGAGUUGUCUUUUUGUAGGUUUUUUCCCAGACAGAAGCCAAGAACUCAGGGUGUGAAGGCAGCAGAUAGAGGCUUCAGGAGUGGGACUACCCAGCAGUGGGAGGUUCCUCCAGGGAGGUUAUAGAGACUUUCAGCAGCUUCCUCCUCCUCCUCUCCGCUGGGAGUCAGAACCCCCCCCCCGCCCGCCAGGACCCACAACCAUGGAGCCCACCGAGGUCGAGGGGGAGACCAAGGAGAGGAAGAAGAUCCACUUUGCGGUGCCGGCCUCAGCGCCCACCAACCUGGACCCCCGGCAGGUGGAGAUGAUCCGACGCAGGAGGCCAACACCUGCCACGCUGUUCAGAGUCGCCGACCAAUCAUCUCCUGAGGAUGAUCAGUCCACCCAUCAGGUAAAGUGGGUCGUAGGCGAGAAUGGCGUGCUCAAACCAAAACGUGUUAAUCCAAACGUGUACCAGCCUCCAUCACUCAAAGCUGUGCAGAAGAUGGCUGAAGCGCAUAUGCAGAACCUAGGUGUCUACCCUCCUUUGGAAGACCCUUGUGAAGGGGAGGAGGAUGAGGAGGACCAGGAGGGAGAGGAAGCAUCUCCCACCAAAGCUGCUGAUCACCAAGAGACGGCGACCACCGAACAGUCUGACAAGUUUUCCAGCGUGAGAGAGUCGACCAAGCAGAUCCAAGCGGCGCCGGAGGAAGACGAGGAGGAGGACGAAGACAAGGAAGGAACCAAAACGGAGGCGACAACAGAGGAGAACAGUCGGGGAUGCAACUGAGAGCAAAACGCUCGGAGGAGAGGGAUGGUUUAAAUCUGAAGAACUCAGAGGAAAUGGGUGGUGUGCUUCUUUAUUUGUGUGUGCGGAUGUUUGAAUGUGCGGAGAUGAGAUGAAUGAUACUUUCAUGAAAUCAGACAUGUGAGUGAGCAAAGAUUUCACCUCCAAAAAAGGGUCCGGUGGGUUUAAAACAGAGGACAAAGAGGGAGUUUGUGUUAGUUAUGAGCAGGUGAGGAUCGAUGUACUGACAGAGCAGCCUGCAGACGCCACUUUGGCCCUUAGUGUCCCUUUGUUUAGAAUGAGAGCGGAUGGAGUCAAGGUCAAUGCGACCAAAAAAAAAAAAACCCUACGAGACCGGACCUCCCUCCACCUUAAUGCACACAGAACUAAACGUUCCUUUAAAGAGGGCCACAGUAGACACAAACAAACGUUCUCGGGUACAUUUUAACAAGGACGGUCUCCUCUGAGACCCUUUAUUAAAACACUUGAAGGUCUUUAAACGUGUGCGCGAUAACAUGCGUUCCACUUGAUUCUGAAACCACGGCCUUCUUCGUUGUUCUGAUUUGCAGCGUGCUCAAUGUUCAGCCCUUUGUGUGUGCCGCCAUCUGGUGGUAGAAAGUAGGAAGGACAGGUUUAAAGUGCUACUCCAGCUCCAAUCAGCCAAUUAAAGGUCCCAUAUUGUGCCUCUUUUGAAUAGAUUAAUGAAGGUUUCACACGUCCCCAGAAUGUGGCUUCAUCUCAAAAUACUGAAAAGAUGGUUAACUUCACUAUGACUGUAUAACUCCUGGUUUUAGUCUGUAGCUUUAAAUGCAGCUGAGCCUCUGGUGCCCUUGCCCCCUUCAGGAAGAAGACUCUCUCUGCAUCUGUGAGACUUUCCAUCCAAACCAGUCUCCACAAAAUGACAUUCCUACGAAACUAGACUGUAUUCUCAGUUACAUUUUGAGGGAAAUGCUUUUUCUGCUUUGUAUCAUAGACACGUUUCUAAUCAAUGCAUCUUUGCGGUUCAUUUUAUCGCCUCAGUCUUUUUCAGCCAACAAAUUAAUUACAUAUUAGAUGGGGUGGGACUUGUCGCCUUGGUAACCCAGAAAAUGGAGGAAGAGCUUCAAACAUAUAGUGAAAGGUCAUGUUUGAACUGUAUUUUUCUUAACCCUAGCCAAGUGAUUUUGGGGCCAAAAUUAAAACAUGACAGAAAAAGAAACUUGAGUUUGACACUAAUGAUCUCUUGUUCACUGCAGGACAUGAAUAUCGGUUUUGUUGGUGAAAAUCUGGUCACUGGUUUGCGCCAACAGUCUUUGACGGCCCCUUCAAAAUGUAACUGAGAAUGCACUUCAGUUGUACGGGGACAUAGUUUAGUAGAGACUAGGUUUUUCUAUUGAAUCUAGGUUGCUCUUUGAGUGAUCAUUUGGAAAUAUUGUUGAAUUCAAAGCAAAGCUGUUGUUUUUAUCUUGUGUUUGGGGAGUUUGUCAUACGACGUUGACUGCUGUCUAACAUUAGUCUUAACGAGCUGCUUUUCAGUCGCUGUUUUAGAAGAAUCUUUGAAUGAGAACAGCAUUAUUGGGAAUUUAUCUGUAUUAACAUGCAGUUUGUGCGAGCACAGAGAGCAGGAGAGAAGCUAACAGAUGUAAACAGAAGCUAAGUUUAGGCUGACCUGAAGCACGACAUGCGACAUGAAAACAUAGAAACUCACCAAGUCCUUGUUUAUUGGUCUAAACUAGAGUUUCCAGCAUCUCUAAUUGUUUCUCAGUGUUGCCACAGAGCUCUGACCUGUGGGCAGACCAUCAAAGCUAAUGUUAGCCACAUUAGCUGCACAACAUGCUUACACUAAGGAUUCUUGUUGUUGCUGUCGGGACAUGACUGUCAACAGUAACAGGGGUUCAGUUUCUCAGAUGCUGGGAGUGCAUCAAGGCUGUUGUGUUCACUGUUGCAGCCAAAAGCGAAUCAUUUGGUGUACUUUGCUGGUGAUUAUUGGUAUCUAUGUAGAAACUGUACUUAAUGUGGAAAUAGAGAACAGCUUUUAAUGCACCUAAAGGUUUAUUACAACCACAAAACACAACAAAAAGUAUGGAUUGUCACCAUAUGGGACCUUUAAAGAUAGAAUCCAGAGUAUCUUCAUGGAAUCAAAUUGUGUUUUUAAUGCUAAUUAUGCUCUCUAGCCUCUUAUUGUAUUCAGUAAUUAUUUCUCUAUAUUGUAGUUUAUCACUAUUUAGUUCGAGCUACUCUUUGUUCUUUUAUUGAUAUCAGCCUCACAGUUUACUUUUUACUCUAUUAACAGCUAAAUGAAUUUGCUUCACACUGUAUGCUGCCAAAUCCGACGUGAAUAAAUGAAUUCUUACUUUAACCUCUUAAAAGUUUGAAAGGUUGCCAGCUUCUUUUUCAGCCAGUGAGAAAAGCAGAAGCUUUAAAUAAAAAUCAAUGAUGUUUUAAAGCUUAAAUAAAUAUAAAUACACUUGAAUUAACUUCUUCAAUCAUUUCUGUAUCAUAUUCUACUUUUUAUUUUGGUUUUUAAGCUUAGUAUUUAUCAGUCAGGUUAUAGUCUACUUUGAAAAGAUGAUUGUUCAAAUUUCUUGCCUUGGAGUAUCACUUUAAAACCCACGUAUGAUUCAACGAUCAGCACCAAAAUGUUUGUCUUUAAUUUCAAAACCACGAGCUCGCUGAGUGUGUGUGUUUUUUUUUUUCCUUUUAAAUGAUUUUGGUGUAUUUGAAAUUAAGGGCGAAGCUACCUCUAUUUUUUUAUUUUAUUUUUUUUUUGCAAAAUACCCCUCCGUUAACUGCCUCCACGCAUCACAGCUGGAUUCAUCGUAAACUGACAAACUGUUUUUGGGAGCGAAAAACUAAAUUUUCCACGACUCAUUUGGGAUUUUCUCAGUGCUCAUGGAUUCCCUUUUGUAUAUUAUGACUUUUAUAACGUCAUCUUUUUAAUUGUUCCCUCAUGAUUUGUACGUCUUGGGUCUGUUGUAAGAGCUAUUUUUCUAAUCUAGAGUCCUGCUUCUACUGCCUAUAUCCAAAUACACAUGUAGCAUGCAGAACCAGGAGCCUGAAACGAGGCACCGCGGCUACUGUAUGACGGACAUUUCAGCAAAACUGUCCCUGCACAAACUUUCUGAACUGUUUUUAACACAGAUAGAGCAUCACUUUUUCUUCUCGGAGUCGUUUUCAAUCAGCGUCUGUCUAGUUUAAUUUACCAGUUCAACUGAAAAUAAAACGUGAUCUGACUGGUUUGUGCCACAGGAUGAAUAAAUCUGUAUCAUCCGGGCUGCUGUUUGUAUAUAAGACUUUGUGAAACUUUUUUUUUAACCUCUGACCUCCCCACCUCCUCCUCUAAUCCUCCUCCAGGUCAGAAGAAAACAGCCAUGGAAAGACAUGUAUGAACUCUUAUGCUUAUAUUUUUUUUUCUUUUAUUCUCCAUUCUCUUGUUUCUCAAUGUGAUGUGGUUGUUUUAAAGUGAGCAACUCUAUGAUAUCAAAAUAAACAAAUUUUCUUUUUCUCCUUUAA